UCAACGCUCCACCCUUCUUCUCCACUCCUCUCUUCCUCCCACCCACCCAAUUUCCAAUUCGGCAGUCCACAGUUUCUCCAAAUUCGCUCAUGCUCUUCCCAUUCUAGCCCUCCUCGAUCCAGACUCUUCUCUCUCCUCGAUUGCCCCAUGGGUAACGGCUUCGCGAAGUUGACCCCCUGCUUCGCCGGCGACGGCCUGGCCCUCCACGGCCGCCGCCACAUCUCCGCUGCGGCGACGUCAGAGGCACCCGGCGACGAGAGCCUUGGCCACUCCUUCUGCUACGUCCGCCCCGACUUACCCUUGGCCCGCUCCGGUUCCUCCAAGGUCCACCACUCCGAGGAGACCACCACCUUCCGCUCCAUCUCGGGCGCCGCCGUCAGCGCCAACCCCGCCACGCCACUCUCCACUGCCCUCCUCCUUCCCUCCGAGCUCACCUGCUCCUCCGCUGCCUCCUUCGAGAGCUCCACCUCCUUUUCCUCAGUCCCCCUCCAGCCAGUCCCCCGCUUCUCAGGUCCCCUCUCCGGCCCCCUCGCCGCCGACUACGGAUUCAUGUCCGGCCCUCUUGCCUCCGACCGAGGCUUCAUGUCCGGCCCCCUCGCCGCCGACCGUGGUUUCAUGUCGGGCCCCCUCGCCGACCGCGCCGCCGGUGGCAUCUUCUCCGGCCCCCUCGACCGUCCCCCCUCCCUGUCCGCCUCCUCCUCCGGUCACUUCCACCGCAGCCUCUCCCAAUCCCUUGCCCUCCGCCGGCGGCGGAGGCGGCUCCGGCCCCGCCGCACCGCCGCCUCCCUCCUCCGUGGAGCCGCGAAGGCCAUUGCCCGCACCUUCUCCGCCGCCUCGAAGCUUCGAGCCGUGUCGUCCCCCAUCAGGAAGUCCAAAGAAUCCGAUGAUUCCAAAGCGACCGAGACUACUCAUCCAAGCAGCGGCGGCUCGACUACAAACCCAAGCAGCGGCAUUGGCGGCUUGACGACCCAUCCAAGCAGCAGCAGUGAUCAAAUGAGCGUGGAGGGCAGCGAAGACUCGGAUUCCUCCGAAGCCCCGACCAGCAGUCUCCAGUGGGCGCAGGGGAAAGCAGGGGAGGACCGUGUCCACGUGGUCGUCUCGGAGGAGCACGGCUGGGUCUUUGUCGGGAUCUAUGAUGGCUUCAAUGGCCCUGACGCCACCGAUUACCUCCUCUCCAAUCUCUACUUAGCCGUGCACCAGGAGCUCAAGGGCCUUCUUUGGGAAGACAAGUACGACGGUUCCGUGCCUUAUGAUGACUCCACUGGCGAAUUCGAUAUAACAAUCGCCACCUCUCAGCCAGGGGUUGAUGGUUGUUGCAAAGAAGGAAAAAGGAGGUGGUGUAAGGGGGUGGCCGAGAUAUGGGAGGAGAAACACAGAAGGUGGAACGGUGAAUGGGAUCGUGAACGGCUGGAGCUUGAUCGAAAACUGAAGGAGCAAUUGAGCCGGUCGAGCUCGAGAGGCGCUGCGAACCAUAAGGAGGUGUUGAAGGCUCUGUCUCAGGCUCUGAGGAAAACAGAGGCUGCCUAUUUGGACAUCGCUGAUAAGAUGGUCUCGGAGAACCCCGAGCUGGCGCUGAUGGGCUCGUGUGUCUUGGUGAUGCUGAUGAAGGGCGAGGAUGUAUAUGUGAUGAAUGUGGGAGACAGCCGUGCGGUUCUAGCACGAAAGGUGGAGCAGCCUGAUACACAGAAUUCAGUGGGAAAAGUGAUGCAGGAUUUGGAGCGGAUGGAGGAGGAGAUGGUGCACGACCUUGAAUCAUAUGAUGGUGGUGAUCAGAUGGAUGGGGUGCCGAGUUUGGCUGCCCUGCAGCUAACCUUGGAUCACAGCACCUGCAUCGAAGAGGAAGUGCGCAGAAUUAAAAGAGAGCAUCCGGAGGAUCCUUCUGCUAUCGUGAAUGAUCGUGUGAAGGGUUCGUUGAAGGUGACAAGAGCUUUCGGAGCUGGUUUCCUAAAGCAGCCAAAAUGGAACAAUGCGCUCUUGGAGAUGUUCAGAGUUGAUUACAUUGGGACCUCCCCAUACAUAUCAUGCAGUCCACACCUCUUUCACCACAGACUUAGCCCAAAAGAUAGAUUUUUGUUGCUUUCAUCUGAUGGACUCUACCAAUACUUCACUAAUGAGGAGGCGGUCGCGGAAGUUGAGAUGUUCAUAACAACAACCCCUGAAGGAGAUCCUGCACAACACCUUGUUGAAGUUGUUCUUUUUCGUGCAGCAAGAAAAGCUGGUAUGGACUUCCAUGAAUUGCUUGAAAUACCUCAAGGAGUUCGACGACAGUAUCAUGAUGAUGUUUCCAUCAUAGUUAUCUCUUUGGAAGGAAGAAUAUGGAGAUCCUGGGUGUAAAUAAGGAUUUGCUGGAGAGUUUGGGCUUUUUCUGUUUUCCCCAUUGCCAUUGUACCAUAGUAGUUGAGCUCUGGGAGGGACACACUGCCCAUGUGUUGGGAGCUGGUGCGGACUGUAAAGGAACAAAAGGUUCUUCAAAAUGAAUUUAACUGUUGUAGAAAUGACAUAUGUACUCUUCUAAAUAAUUGGUCCUCCCUGAGAGUUCCAUUAUUCAAAAUUAAAAGUGAGACACAAUAGUCUCAUUUCUUCUCACCCUGUAUUCCCAUGCCCUCAUGUUUCUAUCAAAUUUUUUAUUUUUAUUUCUUGCCAAUUUGUUUUAUUCAGCAUAACUGUUACAUUGAAUGCAAUGAGAUUUGCCUUUC